ACAAACAAAAAAUUUUUAAAUAAUGGACUCUCAGCCUCCGCCUCCGCAACCGACCGCAAUGCCCACCCCAGCGGAGGCACAACCUGCCCCCAGUAACCCCAACACCAGUAUAGGUGCCGCGGCAGCCAGUGUGAACUAUGUAACCACAACAGCCACAUCCUCGGUGGCCGCACAAACGGCGACUUCAACGAACUCAGUGCCGACCUCGGUGGCGAAUGUGGUAACCAUACCAGUGCCGAUCGUUCAAAACGAGGAGAACUAUACGUAUGUAACAGUGAAAGGUUCCUUGCACGAUCGCUCAUGCGCUGUUUUUGGGCUCAACGAUACGGAAAUCCAAGCGCUAUCGAAGCGUUUCGGUAAUGGCUUGAAGGGUGCCGUAAAUGGUGUAAUGGUAACAAUUACACCGAUGGAUAUGGUGAACACGUUAGCGCAGUUGGGUUAUAAAGUCGUUUGUAGUUGCGGCGAGGCGGAGAUCAGUUGGACUAUGCAACGCGAGAUUUAAAUAUCACUUUCAAAGACAAAAGCAGAACUUCUAAAGUUGAAUACUUUUGGAAAUUGCAAAUUUUAUUGUUAACAAAAAAAUAUAAUCGUUGCGGUAUACUUAUAUUCAAAUGUAGUUAUGAAAAAGCUUUGUUGAGAAAAAAAAAAGUAAUCAAAAAAUAUGUAGAAAAUUGAGCAAAUAUUAUUACCAAAUACAUAUGUAUGCAUAAAACUAAAAGCUUAAGAAAAUUGUAAGAAUAUUAUUUUUCUUUGUUAGGAAUUAAAACAAACAACUGUUUUCCAAAACCCCCCAAAAAAAUAGUGUUGAAUUUCUCAAUCAUUGAGCUAAAAGCUAAAGCAAUAAACGCAUAAAGUUAAACUUAUAAA